GGGGGGAAAAAGAAAAACAAGAAAACAAAAACAAAAAAGAUGUUGUCGAAAGAAUCGGGAGGACCGAACAACAACUUCGACCUUCCCGAGGAAGUGCUAGAAGUACUGCCGCCGGAUCCAUUUGAACAGCUGGAUGUUGCACGCAAAAUCACCUCCAUUGCCCUUUCGACACGUGUCUCUUCCCUCGAAUCAGAGGCGUCUGUUCUCCGUCACAAGCUCACCGAGAAGGACGCCAUCAUCGCCGACCUUCAGUCCCAGCUUCAGUCCCUCGAUGCCGCCCUUUCCGACGCUUCCGACAAACUCACCCUCGCUGACCGAGAAAAGGAGAAACUGCUGAAGGAGAAUGAGACGCUAACGAACACUGUGAAAAAGCUUAACCGCGAUGUUGCUAAGUUGGAAGCCUUCAGAAAGACACUCGUGCGAUCGCUCCAAGAUGAUGAAGACCAUUCUGCAGCUGCAGCUGGUCUUCCUGUUGCUGGCGUGCAAGCAAGAAGCCAAGCAGGAGAUGAUGCUUCCUUGCCACCUACAAGAACUUCUUCAAUGCAAAGUCAAUUUUCUGACAUUGGAAACUCAUGUCCGGAGGAUAAUGAUACUGAAGCCUCAAGGCCCCGCAUAUCACCUGGAUUGCUGUUAGCAUCCCAAACUAACACCCCUCGGCUUACUCCUCCUGGUUCCCCUCCGAGUCUAUCCGCAUCUGUUUCUCCAACACGGACUCCGAAACCUUUGUCUCCAAGGAGACAUUCGAUUUCAUUUUCAACCACAAGGGGCGUGUUUGAUGACCGGUCUUCUGCAUUUCCUAUGCCUGCAAGCCAGCAUAGCUCAAUGUCUGGCUUGGAUACAGGAUCACAAUCUGGUCGUACUCGGGUUGAUGGAAAAGAAUUCUUUCGCCGAGUAAGGAGCCGUUUGUCAUACGAACAGUUUGGGGCAUUUCUGGCAAAUGUUAAGGAACUGAAUUCCCACAAGCAAACGAAGGAGGAAACAUUGCAGAAGGCUGAUGAGAUUUUUGGCCCAGAAAACAAAGAUCUUUAUGCUAUCUUUGAGGGGUUAAUUACUCGUAAUGUCCAUUGAAAAGAAAGAAGCUGAAUGUAUCUAAGGCCACGAAGCAUUUGCUUGUUCCACACACAGCUUCUCAUGUAGACCUUGUUGCAGACUGCAGAGUACGAGUCAACUUUUUGUGCGAUUCUGUACAACAUUAUGCACAGAAUGGGCAACAGGUGCAUAAUUGCACCUCUGAUGUUGAUAAUUACAAUGUACUAUAUUGUUUUUUUCUUUGUUAAGGAAAGCAAACAGCUUCCAGCAAUGUAGUUUUAUUGGGGAACGUAUACAAGUUCUCUUGUAGGACGAGGGAUGCUUCUCUUAUAUAUACAGAUUCAUGCAAUGAAAAUCCCGUAUAUGCUUUAUGCAUUGUGUAA